AUGAUCAAAGCGUCUUUGUGCACUUUCACUCUUUUGUGCCUCCCUCUUGCUGGUGCCCAGUAUGGAGGAGGCGGCUCUAGCGAUACAACUACGACCACUGCGAGCUCAACAGAGAGUGGUUCAGCUUCAAGUACCACGCAAUCAGUUGAUGUUGGUGAAAGUGGCUUUACCUUUAAUCCUGACACCAUCCACGUCCCUGCGGGAGGCGUAGUCGAGUUCCAUUUCUAUCCAGGCGAUCACUCAGUUGCCCAGGCCGCUUUUAAUAACCCAUGCCAUCCAAUGAGCGAUACUAGCUUCUUUAGUGGAUUUAUGGCAUCUGCUAGGGAUGGAAAGCCUGUCUGGUCGUUGACUGUUAAUGACACAAAUCCGAUCUGGUUCUACUGCGGUCAGGUUGGACAUUGUCAAGCUGGCAUGGUUGGUGUGAUUAACCCAUCUGGCUCAGAUACGCUUGAUUCAUUCAAGUCGGCAGCUUCUAGUGCAAAUGGUCAGAGUGUGCCAGCCACGGCCCAAGGUGGCAUUCUCGGUACACCAAGUGCUAGUCAGACAACCACGAACUCAGGCAGCAAGACCACCACAAGCGGCGGUCCUGCCGUUACCAGUAGUAUGACUACCAGCAGCAGGACCUCUGCUGCUAGCGGGACACCGACCACCAGCACAGGUGCCCCCAGCCCUAGUUCCACGAAUAUAGCAGGAAAUUUGCGCGUUUCAACUGAUCUCAGUGCCUUGUCCAUUCUUACCUUAACAGUGGCUAUGUUUCUGAUGUAG